CAGCUGGCAGGAACACUGGGGUGACAGUGGCUGCACCCCCUGGGUGCUCCUGGCACUUGAGUCUGGGCGUUCUGGGGGGCACCCAAGCAGGCACCUCUUGCUCCUACAGCACGAUGGCACUUGGAAGACAACGUGUCUGGAGUCUGAAGCCACCCCCGUGGAAAGUGUAUCAGUAGAAAACGAGCCUCCAGCUCUCAUCUGCUCUAACAAAGCCUCUUCUUAGUGAUCCUGCUGGUCCCAGAAAGGGUGCUGGGCCUUGGAGCUGUGCUCACCCACGUGCCCUUUUGGGGUCUCGAGUUGCAGGGGGGUCCAUUUGCUUAUGCCUUGGGUGACCCUCCUUGUUUUGCCACUAUCUGGUUCCUAGCCUUGUGCAGCCCAUCCCUAGGGCAUCUAGUCACAGUGCCAGCAGACCCUGAUCAGCACUGGAGCUUCCCUGAUGGGUUUUGGGACACAAGAGAGAAAGCAGUCCCACAGCACAGCUCCUGGGUAGGCAGAGUGUAUCUUUGUCUGCACUUCUUCCUCCUAUUCCCUCAUCUCCUCAAAACUACGGACUGGGGAGACACCAGUUUUGGAGGUGCUGCUCAGCAUUUCAGGUCCCCUGUAGUGUUGUUUUCUUCUCUAUCCUGCAGGGUGAGGACACAGCACUGACUCCAGUCUCCAUCUGCUUUGGGCCUUUCCUACUCUCACAAGUAGGUCCCCUGGCCUCAGUACUGGGGGCUAAGACCUCUCGAGGCAGCCAGGGCUUAUUUUGGCACCUGAACCACCCUUUGAGGUGGGUCCCAGACCCAUGGGCACUGGCAGAUGCCCCUGGUGCUGGGAGGUUGCCAAAAGUGUGCAGCGGGGUCUGAGUGCAUAGAAAGGGGCUUGACUGAAGCUCCACCAGAGUGGAUCUGUGGGAAGAAUCCCACCCUGGGCUCAGGGUGGGGCACAGCCUGCUGCCAGGCUGGUGUGCUGACCAGUCCCACAGGAGUGCCCGUGCUCCAUGUCAGAAUCCAUUUGUUGAUCAGUUCCAUGUGGGAAUGCCUGCGCUGGCCAGUCCUGUGUGGGAAUCAGUGCUCUGACCAAUCCUGCAUGGGAGUCAGUGCUCUGGCCAGUCACCUGUCAGAAGCCAGGGUUUGACCAGUCCUAUGGGACAUCUGGGCAGUGAUUAAUCCCGUGUAAGAAUCCGUGUGCUGGCCAAUCCUGUGUGAGAACCUGUGCCUUUACUGAUCUCAGAUGAGAAUCCGCACACAGACCAGCCCCAGAUGAGAAUCCAGAUGCUGCCCAAUCUCAUGUAAGAACCCAUGUAUUGACCAAUCCAGUGUAAGAACCUGUUCAUGGACCAGUCCUGAUGAAACCCCCCGCAGCGGAGUCUGUCCCAGCCAGUCCUGGUGUGACUCUGUUCCCAGCCUGUCCCUGGUGCAGAAGCUGCUCCCUGGCCAAUCUUGAUGUCUGGUUUGGCUCUGGGGAGUUGGUGAGGGGCUGGGGUGAUCCUGGUACUUUUUCUGGGGGAAGUCUGGUGCAGAGGAGGGCAGUGACCCCAUGCUCUUCCUUAGGCUGGUUGUGGGGUGUCCCUGGGCCUGGGCUGAGGGCUGUCCCCGCAGUGGGGUGGCAGCACACGUGUGUGUUGCUGGGGGCAGAGCAGGGCAGGGCUGGGGCUGUGGGGCCAGAGCCAGGCAGGCGCGUGCUGGCCCGUGGGGCUGGAUCCAGACCUGCUGCCUCCAGAUGUUGCCUUUUUAGGCACUGGAGCACAGCAUAUCCCUGCCUGUGGCCGGCCCUGUGCCGAGCCAGCGCCUGCAAGCAAAGUAGGGACGGUCCCUGUCCUGGUCAUGUGGAGGCAUCUCUGUCCCCCUCCUGACCCCCAAAAACACCCUUCUCCCCCCAGACAGGGUCAGGGAUGCUACCUUCUCUCCCUUCCCCUCAUCUGCACUUGGCAGCACUAAGGCUGAUUGCUGAAACCGCCCCGGAGCCGGGACCUGCCCUUAUUUGGGUUGAAACCAGGGCUAUUUUGGUGCAGCUGCCUCCACUGCAACCCCUUGAAGCUUCUCUGUACAUUGUUUUUCCUGUCUUGUCCCAUACCCCUGUGCCAGGGCUGCUGGCCAGGCCAUCCAUGGGCUGCCGUGAGCCGUUACCGUCCCAGUGCGCUGUGUGUCCCAGGGUGUCAUGGGGUGCCAGGGGUGGCCCCCAUGGCCACUGUGGGGUGGAAUGGCUGGUGUCCCCUGUGGCAUUUCAUCCCUGAUUUGCAGGGCCGUGUGUACUGGGUAACCUCUGUCCUGGUCCUGCUGCCGCCUUCCUGGCGGGGAUGGGCCACAGGGCGGCUCCUCAUCAACAUACCAGGGGAGAGACCGGAGAUAGCAUUUGUCCCAGUUCAGGAGACAUCCCUGAGUGGCUCUUUGCCCUGUGGUACUCCCCCUGGUGCCCCCAGCAUCUUUUGGAGAGUGCAGGGGCAGGGUAGACUUGAAGGCCUCUGCCCUGGCAUCCAGGCAUCCAGGCAUGGAGAGGAUGGCACAGUGACAGUCCCUGUCCCAGCUGCAGGGUGGGCUGGGGAUGCUUGGAGGGAAGGCUGGGAGUGGUGAGACCUCUGUGCCCCCAGCAACAGCCCAGUCUGACUCACCCUGAGCCGCCGGCCAAGCCGCUCCCUGCCCUUCGGCGCAUCUGCCAGUUACCCCCACCCGAUGGAAGAAGUCCCAAAAGCAGCACCCCUGGAUACUGGUGGGAGCAGAGAGGGGCUGUGGGGUGCACGGGAUGCUGUCUCCUCCCAGGGACACCCAUGCCAGGAGUCUGGGGUUCUGUGUGGCUGCCCUGUGCCUCACAGACCGGGGCUGUGCUGGGCAGGGUGGAGCUGGAGUGCGGGGGGGAGCGGGUGUGCAUGGAAACAUGCCGUCCUCCUGCCGGGGACAUGUUGCAUAAACAGGAGUUUUGCCAGAGCUGUGAAAAAUGUGAGGGCAGGAGCAGCCAGCACGUGGUGUGGGCAGAGGAUACCUGACCCCUGUGCAGGGCAGGCAGGUGACCAGAGCACAGACACUACCAUGCCUUAUGCCUGGCAGGGAAGAAGGAUGGUGCAGCUGCAAUGGGGAGCAGGGGUGCUGGAGAGGAGAAAACCUUCCCCAACAUCCCAAGUUUAGUGGUGCCAACCUGUCCCCUAAAAGUGUCUUCUGCUGUGAGGUGCCUGAUGGCAGCUCGCACUUUGCCCCACACUGUGGCUUAGAGAGGGCUCGGCCUGGCUUGGUGGCCGUGGCUGGGCUGGAGGGAUUGGUAAACAGGGGAAAGGCUCUGGGAAUGGCUGGGAAAGUAGCUGUGGCCUGUGGCUGUCCCUGGGAUCCCCUUUACUUGAGGCAGGGUCUUGAGGUGAGCAGAGAAUUGUGGGGUGCGUGGGGAAGUGAUUCAAAGCCCAGCUGGGAUGUAAGUGGCACAAAGCUGAGAUGGACUUGUUUGGGAGGAAGUGGUCCCUCAUGGGGUGGUGUGGGACCCCAUGAGGUGGGAUCACAUGGGCUGAGCAGGCAUUUAUGCUGCCCAAGCAUUGUCCUGUGGGACGCCAAUGUGGCCACUGAGUCACAUUCCUCUUUGACAUCUGCAUUUCCAGACCACAGGGUGGCUUGGGCAGGGGAACCACUUACAGGGCUGGAGGGAAUAGGGUGCCUUGAUGCCCUCUCUUGGGGUCCACAUUCUUUCUAAAUAGUGGGGCCGUGAAUCUGGCUUGCUUUGGGAGGGUCUGGGAUGUCAGUGUCCCUCUUGACAGCGUGUCUCCAGCUCCAACCACACCAGCUGGGCUGGCUUGCCAGCAUCUCAGUGCCUGGCCAUGGGAAGCAUCUCUGGUGUGCGGGGGUCUCUGUGAGGGCUAGGGCGGCUGGUGCUGCCUCUGCUCCUGGCAUAGUAAGGGUCAGCACCAGCCCGGAUAUCGUCCGGCUCCGGAAUGUUUAUCGGAGCUCCUGGGGAAGGGAAAAACAAAACCCGCCACCCAAAGGAAGGGAUAUGCGUCAGAGAUGGGCCUGGAUCACCCACCGGCAGCCGGACGGGCCAUGCUGUGGGCUGUGGGCCAGCGCUCGCCCGGCUCCAGCAGCCCAGCUGGGGAGACCCCUGUGCUGCACUGAUCCAGCCCGUUCCUGAACCACAGGGCCCCUCCAUGGAGGCUGUGACCCCCUGCUCCCCCACUGUCAACUAUGAGCUGCCAUCCCUGGGGGAGAGCAUCACCAAGCAGGUAGAAGUCCUGGAUGCCACAAAAUCCCCCAGGAGUGGGCAGUCACGCUGCAAAACAUCCAGAAGCAUGAGCCUGACUGCAGCCACGGAGAGCAGCUGUGAGCUGGAUCUGGUGUACAUCACGGAGCGGAUCAUCGCCGUCUCCUACCCCAGCGCAGCCGAGGAGCAGAGUUACUCCAGCAACCUCCGUGAAGUGGCCCACAUGCUCAAGUCCAAGCAUGGGAACAACUAUGUGCUUUUCAACCUCUCUGAGCGGAGACGUGAUGUCAACAAACUUCACCCCAAGGUGCUGGAUUUUGGAUGGCCUGACAUGCACACCCCUGCGCUGGAGAAGAUCUGCAGCAUUUGCAAAGCCAUGGACACGUGGCUCAACGCAGCGGCACACAACGUGGUGGUACUGCACAACAAGGGGAACCGUGGCCGGCUGGGGGUGGUAGUGGCUGCCUACAUGCACUACAGCAACAUCUCAGCCAGUGCUGACCAGGCUCUGGACAGGUUUGCCAUGAAGCGCUUCUAUGAGGACAAGGUGGUGCCGGUGGGACAGCCAUCCCAGAAGAGGUACAUCCAUUACUUCAGUGGGCUCCUCUCUGGCAGCAUCAAGAUGAACAACAAGCCCCUCUUCCUCCACCACGUCAUCAUGCACGGCAUCCCCAACUUUGAGUCGAAAGGCGGUUGUCGGCCCUUCCUGAAAAUCUACCAGGCCAUGCAGCCCGUCUACACCUCGGGGAUCUACAAUGUGCAAGGAGACAGCCAGACUGGCAUCUGCAUCACCAUUGAGCCUGGCUUGCUGCUCAAGGGCGAUAUCUUGCUGAAGUGCUACCACAAGAAGUUUCGCAGCCCUACCCGUGAUGUGAUUUUCCGUGUGCAGUUCCACACGUGUGCUGUGCAUGAUCUUGACGUCGUCUUUGGCAAGGAGGACCUGGAUGAGGCCUUCAGAGAUGACCGCUUCCCUGAGUAUGGAAAGGUGGAGUUUGUGUUCUCCUAUGGCCCCGAGAAGAUCCAAGGCAUGGAGCACCUGGAGAACGGGCCCAGUGUUUCUGUGGACUACAACACAUCUGACCCACUCAUCCGGUGGGACUCCUACGAGAACUUCAACAUCCAGCGUGAGGACAGUGCAGAGGGGGCCUGGGCUGAGCCACCCCUGCCCAGCAAGCACCUGGAGAAAGAGGUUGGGCACACACAAGGGCCCCUGGAUGGGAGCCUCUACGCUAAAGUGAAGAAGAAAGACUCCCUCCACGGCAGCACCGGUGCCGUCAACGCUGCCCGGCUCCCGCUCUCGGCAGCACCCAACCACGUCGAGCACACACUCUCAGUGAGCAGCGACUCGGGCAACUCCACCGCCUCCACCAAGACCGACCGGACCGAUGAGCCGGGGGUGACUGGGGCACCCAGUGGCCAGGCGGUGCUGAGUCCUGAGGAGAAGCAGGAGCUGGAUCGUCUCCUUGUUGGCUUUGGCUUGGAGAGUGCGCCGCCCAUGCACAACCACAUGCCCGGCCCCGUGCCGGCACGCCUGCCCACCGUGCCGGGCCGCCACGUGGUGCCGGCUCAGGUGCACGUCAAUGGGAAUGCCGCGGCACUGGUGGCCGAGCGGGAGACGGAUAUCUUGGAUGAUGAGCUGCCCAACCAAGAUGGGCACAGUGUGGGCAGCCUGGGCACGCUCUCCUCCUUGGAUGGCACCACCACUGCCAGUGACACCGGCUAUCAGGAGGCACCUCGGGUGGGCAGCCUGUCCUCCCUGCCCAAUGGCCCCUCGAGCUGCAAUGGGGCUGAGAAGCUGCUGAAGGAGGGGCUGUACGAUGGCGAGCCGCUCUCCAACGGCGGCUACCCCUACAACAACCAGAACACCCUGAUGGGCCACCACCUCCGUGACACACUGCCUUCCUUGCGGCCCUCGGCAUCCACUCAGGAGCACCUGGCUGGCUACCCACAGCGCCUACCGGGCUCCCACGCCCCAGGGUGGCUCCAGCCUCAGCCACUGCCCAGCUCCCAGCCCUACCUGUAUGCCUACGACCACCCUGGAACCUACCGCUCCCGGUCCUUCCCGGCAGUGGACACUGCCAAGUACGAUGCGAACCCGGCGCUGCCUCAGGCCCCGGCUCGCAGUACCAGCAGCCGGGAGGCUGUGCAGAGGGGCUUGAAUUCCUGGCAACAGCAAGGAGGAAGCCGGCCACCUUCCCGGCUGCAGGAGGGAGGCAUGGAGAGCCACAGCCCCAGCAUCUCUAGCUGCAGCCCCCAGCCCAGCCCGCUGCAGACGGUGCCCCCACACAGCCACAGCAUGCCUGAGUUCCCCCGGGCACCCUCUCGCCGGGAGAUUGAGCAGUCCAUUGAAGCACUGGAUGUUCUCAUGCUGGACCUUGCACCUGCUGUCCACAAGUCGCAGAGUGUGCCUGCCACCUCCCGUCAGGACAAGCCAGCCGGACCCCUGCCCUCCUCCCUUUCAACCCAGCCCAUUGCUGGUCUCUACGCCCGGCCAACUCCACAGGUGGCCCAGCCGAGGUCCUUCGGCACAUCCGUGAGCCCCGUGGUCUCUGAGCCCGGGGGCAAAGCCUAUUCUCCUGGAGAGCUGGACUAUGGGGUGCAUGAUUAUCGGGAAACCUAUUCACCCUACAGCUACCAGCUGGCACCGCUGCCAGAGCCCAGGAGCUACAGCCAUGCCCCGGCCGGAGCACAGAUGGGCACUGUCCCACUCAGCACCUCGUGCUACAGCCCUGUGGGGUCUCAGCAGCAACUCACCUCCUCCCCACCUUCCCCCACCAUCCCAGCACAAAACCAGAUGCCCCUGAAGGGACCGGAGAGCUAUGAAGACCUGUCGAGGUCGGCAGAAGAGCCCUUGAAUCUGGAGGGCCUGGUGGCCCACAGGGUGGCAGAGUACAACGCCAAGCUCAGGGAACUCAACAAGAGCACCAAAGUCCCCCGUCCUCCUCUGAGCCAGCAGCGGUCCUUCUCCGGGGCGCAGUCCCGGGAGAAGCCUCUGGAGGAGAGCGCUGUCCCUGCCCGCAAGCGGACUCCCAGCGACAGCCACUAUGAGAAGAGCUCACCAGAGCCCAGCUCGCCCCGCAGCCCCACCGUUCUCUCACCUGAGGUGGUCAGCACCAUCGCAGCCAACCCUGGAGGGAGGCCCAAAGAGCCUCACCUCCACAGCUACAAGGAAGCCUUCGAGGAGAUGGAGGGUGCCUCUCCCACCAGCCCACCCUCCAGCGGCGGUGAGAUUUCUCCCCCCACCCCAGCCUUCCCUGUGUCACCACAAACCCCUUACUCCAACACCUUGCGUUCUCCCCCUGGCCUGGCCAAGACCCCGCUCUCAGCACUGGGGCUGAAGCCCCACAACCCGGCUGAGAUCCUGCUGCAUCCAGUGGGAGAGCUAGAAGGGGAAGCGGGCGGUGACUCUGAAGAAGAGCCCAGGAGCUAUGUUGAGUCAGUGGCCCGCACGGCCACAACGGGCAGGGGAGGGACACUGCCCGCGGCCCAGCCCGCUGCCCAGCCCGGAGGCCCAGAGGUGCCCACCAGGAAUGGCACUUUCUCCAACUCCUUCAUCGCCCCCAGCCCUGUGUCCACCAGCAGCCCUAUUCACAGCAUGGAUGGGGCCUCCCUCCGCAGUUACCCGUCAGAAGGCAGCCCCCAUGGCACGGUUACGCCUCCCCAUGCCUCAGCUGAGCCCUUGUACCGGUCGCCUGUUGGCUCACAGAUGCCCUCUGCUCACAGCAGCUACCAAAACUCGUCUCCAUCUUCAUUUGCAAUGGUCCAAGGAGGGGUCCCAGGCUCGGCAUACAGCAGCCCUGACUACCCUGAUGGCCGAGCUGGCAUCCAGGCAGAACCCCAAGCUCGGCCACAGCCACAGGUCAAUGUGGUGGGAGUCCACACCCUGCCAGGGAGCCCCCGCAGCCUGCACCGGACAGUGGCUACGAAUACACCGCCCAGCCCUGGCUUCGGGCGAAGAGCCAUCAACCCCGGCAUGAGCGGCGCUCCUGGCAGCCCCGGGCUGGGCAGGCAUGCUGUGGUGGCCCACGGCAACCUGGUGGCCCCACCAGGGAGCCCCAGCCUGUCCAGGCACCAAGCAGCAGCAGCCGCAUCCCCUGGCAGCCCCCUGUAUGGCUACUCCAGCCCAGAGGAAAGGCACCUGACACUGUCUCGGCAGAGCAGCUCCUCUGGCUACCAGCCUCCCUCCACGCCGUCCUUCCCGGUCUCCCCAGCGUACUACCCUGGCACGAGCACGCCGCACUCCUCCUCCCCGGACUCGGCUGCCUACCGCCAGGGCAGCCCCACGUCGCAGCCUGCUCUGCCUGAGAAGCGGCGCAUGUCAGCUGGGGACCGCUCCAACAGCCUCCCCAACUAUGCCACUGUCAACGGCAAGGUGUCCUCACCCCUCUCCAGUGGCAUGUCCAGCCCCAGCGCUGGGAGCGCCGUCGCCUUCUCCCACACUCUGCCGGACUUCUCCAAGUUCUCCAUGCCAGACAUCAGUCCCGAGACUCGGGCCAAUGUCAAGUUUGUGCAGGAUACUUCCAAGUACUGGUACAAACCAGACAUCUCCAGGGAGCAGGCCAUUGCCCUGCUGAAGGACAGGGAGCCGGGGGCUUUCAUCAUCCGAGACAGCCACUCCUUCCGGGGAGCCUAUGGCCUCGCCAUGAAAGUUGCUUCUCCGCCUCCCACGGUCAUGCAGCAGAACAAGAAAGGAGACUUGACCAACGAGCUGGUGAGACACUUCCUCAUCGAGACUAGCUCACGAGGUGUGAAACUAAAAGGAUGUCCCAACGAGCCUAAUUUUGGCUGUCUCUCAGCGCUGGUGUACCAGCACUCCAUCACGCCCUUGGCCCUGCCUUGCAAGCUGGUCAUUCCUGACCGAGAUCCCAUGGAGGAAAAGAAAGACUCUGCAUCAGCCACCAGCUCAGCCACGGACCUCCUCAAACAGGGUGCAGCCUGCAACGUCCUCUUCAUCAACUCAGUGGAGAUGGAGUCUCUGACGGGCCCCCAGGCCAUCUCGAAGGCUGUUGCUGAGACGCUGGUGGCUGACCCCACGCCCACAGCUACCAUUGUUCACUUCAAAGUCUCCGCACAAGGCAUCACCUUAACGGACAACCAGAGGAAAUUGUUCUUCCGAAGACACUACCCCCUCAAUACCGUCACCUUCUGUGACUUGGACCCCCAGGAACGAAAGUGGACUAAAACUGAUGGCAGUGGCCCAGCCAAGCUCUUCGGCUUUGUGGCCAGGAAGCAAGGGAGCACCACAGACAACAUCUGCCACCUCUUUGCUGAGCUGGACCCAGACCAGCCAGCUGCAGCCAUCGUCAACUUUGUCUCCAGGGUCAUGCUUGGCUCCGGCCAGAAGAGAUGAGCUGGCACUUGCGGGUGAUUCUUGAAUUUUGGAGAAGGACUUGGAGCUGAUCCGAGAAGGAGUGUGAGGAAGUGCAUUGUGGGAGAGGGAAGUGAAUCGGGGGGGGAAGGGUUGGAAUUUUGGAGGAAAACAGCAAACAACAAAAAACCACCAACAAAACCCCUAAAAACUCAACACACACCAAACACACACGUAGAGGAACCAAAGCCACGCACCUACGAAGGAGAGCCACAAAGUCACGCCAGACGGGAUGCAUGUCCCAUUGCAGGGAAGGUGACCAAAGCAAAGGCGGCAGUGAGGGGUGUGUUUCCAGCUUUCAGCAUCAUGGCCUCAAGUGGUGACAUCCAUUUGGGACUGAAUGUGGGACCAUGACUGGUGUUUUCCAUCUGGAAAAAAAAGAGGCAACUGGCAAAACCUAUGGAAGAAGCUUCAUCCCAGCAGCUCCAUCUGCUGUGUGUUUGAACUGACCUGUAGGAGAUAAUGGCAUGCACUGGGUCUAUGGGGACACCAGAGGAGAUGCUCUCAGAAACCUUCCCUUGUCCAGCUGCAGAGGAUGGUCCUCACCCAUCCCUCUGCUUCCCCUAAAACCUGCUCACGACCUGGUAACUUGCUGGGGACAUGGGGAAAUUGGUCCUGAACCUUCCAAUCCCUGGGGAGCUUGGCCAUGGGCUGACCUUUGCUGAACCAGAGCCCAGCACCAGUCACAGGUGAGAUGCUGUGAGUUCACCUGGAGAGGGGGGUCAUGCUGUUUCUCCACUUCCCCAGGGGUUCUUGUGCCCCCCAGCCUGUGAGGAGGUGUGGGGGUUCCUGCCACGCACCACCUGGGAAAGGUGUUUACUCGCCAGGAAUCUGGAGGAUGCAGAAAGUCGCCUCCUCUCCCAUCUUCCCCUUUUCCCUCCCGUCACUAGUCCUCUUUGACAGUUUUCUCCUGCGGCCUGUCACAUUCUCUUAACACAAAAAAAGCAAAACAGAAAGGAAAGGAAUAGUUGUAAUAAUAAUAAUGAUUAUAAUAAUAGCGGAUGCUGGCACAGGUGGGUUCCCUGUGCAAAGCAGCAGACCCGUGGCUACCCCUAUCUAGCUCUUCGGAGACACGCAAGCGGUUUUUAAAUUGCAUGGACAUUCAAGUUGCACGAAAGGCAAACGACUACAAGUAACUCAGGCGCUUUUUUUCUCCUUUUGUUUUGGAGGCCACGUUAAAAAAACAAAAAAAAAGAAGGAAGAAAAUAAUUAAAAAAAAAAAAGGGGGCCUGCAGUGGCUGGGCAACUUUGGCUCAGUGGGGAGGUAACAGGUCCUCUGAGAGCCGCCCUGACUGACGCAUGUGUGCCCCCUAAACCAUCUGGUUCGAGGCCUGUGCCCCUGAAAUGCACCAUAGUUUUGCAGUGAUUUCAGUGCUGUUGGCUUUUCCCUUAGCUUUGGUAGAUGAGGAGGGCAAGUUGGGUAGAGAGAGGGGCAGAGGGUCUCUGUGCCACUGCAGAGGGAGCGAUCAUGUUGGGGCUGCAGCAGGUGGAGGUCCUGGCCCUAUGGUGCUGGAGAGGGGGCAGAGGAUGUUUUGGUCACAUGUGCAGGUUUAGGGCAGGGGGAAUGGUCCAGCUGGAUCUGCGGGUUCAUUGCUGAGCUCUCUGCUGCAAAUAUUCCCCCGAGAGCUUUUUUGGGCAAAGUUUUCAGUGCAAAGUGGCCCAGAUAGUUUUUGGGGACAAAAAUUAGACAUAGCACUGCAGUCCCCUGGAGAGCUUGUCUCCCGUGGACCACCCUUGCCUUGAUAGCUAUAAUAUAUAUACAAGUUAUACUGACAAAAUACUGUAAGCUAAUGAAAUUUUAAGGAGGAAAAAAAAGGUUAAAUUUACGCUCCAAAAAUAUUUAUUUUUGCCAUAUCGCUUUCUGUGCAUCAUAUCUCCCCCACAAUAUCCCCCCCUUCCCCUGCCCUGGGGAAACACCUGCAUGUUAAAAGAAAAUCCAGAGCAAGGCAAAAUACAGAUGGGGGAAGAGGCGGGGGCCCCUGUGUCGGGGUGGCUGCGUGUGACCGGUGCGUGUGUGUGGGGUGUGUGUGUGUGUGUGUGUGGGGGAGUGAGCGGCGUGGGCGGCCCGACAGGGCUGCCAGGGCCACAGGCUGUACUGAUGUACCGAAGUGUGAAAGGAGGGGGAGUGAGGAGUUGGUUGUGAGAUGGUGGUGGGACAGGAGGUUCUGGGUGAGGGGGCUUUCCCCCUCCCCGGCUCCCUGGCCACACAGAUGCAGAGAUCUUUUAAUUUUUGACAUUUCCAAAAAGUGAUUCCCUCCUUCUGCGAAAUUCAAGCGAGACAAGAGACGAUCUCACCCGUAAUCUCCUCACCCUGCCAUUCACCCAUCAGAGAAAACACUGUGUUUAUAGAUAUAUAAAGAUAUAUUUUUGAAAGCCUCUAUUUUUCAGACUUGGUUUUCUCACUGCUAAGAGAAGAGAUUAUAAUAAUGUAAUUUUAUUUUAAUCUGCUGCCUUGGAAACUGGUGCUUGGAACUCCUAUUUCUCUUUUUCUCCCCAUACAAAUGAAGCAGAUCUAAGCACCCCAGAGAUGUUGCAUAGAAGCCAACCCCAGCAGAUACCUGCCAAUAGCAUCACACUUGCUUCGGGCCCUGAGACUCUCCCGGCUUCCACACUAACCCACUAGCUGAAAAUUUAGACUGUAUCCAAAUCUCAAACACUAACAAAAUCAUCUGAUGUUUGUAUUAUUUUUUAACACACAGCUAGUCACCUUCCAAUGAUGUAGCCGGGUGUUUAUCAGCUCCCUUUAAAGGCACUUUUUUUCCCCUUUAGCUCCUUUUUAAAAGAAGGUUUUAAGGUGUAACAACCCUUUCUGUCCCCGGGAGACACCAUCAGCAACAUUUAGGAUUGCCCAGGUCCUGGGGCUGGCGGGGACUUAGUGUUGAUAUUUUUUUCCUUAUGAAAGGGACAGAAAAUACUCUUUGGGUUUUUUUUUCUUUUUUUUUUUUUUUAAGUGCAGUCAUGCUAUUUGAGAUUCAAGCUUGCACGAGUUAAGCCCAGCAUAUGUUUUGUUGUAAUCACACUGCCGUUGUCAGCAGCCGGAUGGUAUCUCUCUCUCGCUCACACACACACACACACACACACAUACACACAAAAACACACACAUCCUUCCUUCCUGCACAAAGAACUGCAUAUAUUCUUGCCAAAGAUAUCCUUAAAAACGCACUUUUCCCCACAUAUAUAUAGAUAGAUAUAUAUUAUUUUUUUUUGUGUGUGUGUAAAUUUAUUGUAUGUGCCCUUUUUGUGUCAGUUUGUUCUUUGGCGAAGCCCGUCCUGCCUUUGCUGUCGAUAUUGCUGUCUAUUGGGAAAUGCUCCCUGGGGAGGUAAUUUGCUGUCUGUCCUGCUCAGUGGCACCUGCAAUGCACAAAAUGUGGGGUUCCUAUUCAAUGGGGCUGCCUCUGGCUCUGCCCCUGGGAGCUCUUUUGGGAGAUGAUCCAUGUCAUCAGCUGGUGAUGGGAUGUACCAUUGCAUGGUCUUCGCCAGCCCCUCAUCACCGAUGGUGACAGCAGGGCUCAUGGUUUUGAGCAGAGUUUGGGGUUGCUCUGAAUGCAACAUUUGCUGGCUGCCUCCCGGUCAAAUUACACAUGGAAAACAAACCAGGUAGGGAGAAAAACCCAACCCAGCCUCUGGGCAUUGAUUUUUCAGUGAAUUCAACCGCCUGAACCAAAGCGCAAAGUAAAUCCCCACCCAGCAGGUCGGGCAGGUAAAGAAACCAGUUGCCCCAAAAACCCCAGACAACAGCAUCAACAAUAGGCAACCCUUCCCAUUGGAGCAGGCAGGAUGAUCAGACAGCAAAGGAGCCCGCAGGGGCUUGUUUCAUUUUGUUCGUUUGUUUUGCAAAUUGCAAGGUUGGUUUGGGGUUACUAUUUUUUUUUCUUUUCCUUAAAAAGGAAAAAAAAAAAGAAGAAAAAAGGAAGCAAUAUGACGUUUCUGUUGGCGGAUCCUGUGCCGCCGUGUUAUGCGUGGGGUUUUUUUUGUUGUUGUUGUUGUUGUCUUUGUUACUUUGGGAAUGUUACAGAUUUAUUUGCUAAUCAGUGUUAACAAACAGUUUCAAACUUUUAGUCUCACCCAUUUCUGUGUAUUUAUAUAGAUGGAAAAAAAAUACAUUAUAUUUUGUAUCUUUAUGCCCAUAAUGUUGUCGUGCGUGUAAGGAUGGCUUCGGUCGCACCAUAUCCGUGUGUGAAUGUCACUCCGCUGUUGUCUUCCCAUUGUACAGAUGUCGGAUUCUUUGCAGUUCAUUGUAUUGCUUUAUAAAGUGGUAAAAACAACAAAAAAAAGAACCAGUUAUAUAAAAUAUACUGUUGCUUGGAAUGCUA